CUGUAUUAUAAUCCCAAGUGAUGCACUAUAUCCCUGUGUAGGCUCGCGAUUUAGGGUUUCCUUCAGUGUCCGCAUUCUUGACUUCUCAGCGCGGCGAAGCUUUUGGACUGCAGCAAUGGUGAAGGGGAGGCAAGGCGAACGCGUCAGACUCUAUGUCCGUGGAACAAUCCUUGGGUACAAAAGGUCGAAGUCGAACCAGUAUCCAAACACGUCGUUGAUACAGAUAGAGGGAGUCAACACACAGGAGGAAGUAGCGUGGUACCAGGGGAAGCGAAUGGCUUACAUUUACAAGGCCAAGGUUAAGAAGAACGGCUCUCACUACCGUUGCAUUUGGGGAAAAGUCACUCGUCCUCACGGAAACAGUGGCGUCGUUCGUGCCAAGUUCAAGUCUAAUCUUCCCCCCAAAUCAAUGGGAGCUAGAGUCCGUGUUUUCAUGUAUCCGAGCAACAUUUGAGUGGAUUGGAGAGCACAAGGUGAAGCCUAGUUAAAACUACUGUUUUGUUUAGAAAACUUUUUUUUUGUUAAUUACAAUCAGCCAUUUCUUCUUAUUUGACUCUGAAUUUGAGGAAGCACAUGGAUUAUGAGUAAUGAAGUUUUUGAUCUUGCAUUUAGUUGGAAUUCUUCAUUGACUUUCCAUUGGCUGUAUAUUUGUUUUCUGCGACUUUUGGACAACUUUGAUGCUCUUGUUAUUUUA